AUGGCGGCGCAGGAUGAAGUUGACGUAUGUGAAAGUUGGGAAGAUAUGGACGAAAUUGGCUUAGACGAGAAAAUUAAACUGAUGUCAACUGUGCCGCCACUCAAAGCUUGCAAGGUUACUAACGUAAUUGUGGAAGACAACGCGUGUAUAGGAUCCCAGUGCGUAAUGCCGGAGCCAGCGAUACGUAUAUUAAAACGGCCAUCAUCUUUGGGUAGUGGCCAGCUAAAUGGAGAAAGUCGCGCUCGACCCGUUAAAACAUUGGAACAAAGGCGAAAAGAGUACGAAGAAGCUCGAUUACGUAUACUUGGUGAGGCUCGAAGUCCUGAGGACGUCAUUGAUGAUAAUCUAAGUCGGUUGCAAGAUAAAUUACAAGUUAUCAACAUUGAUGACAAUCAGAGUGGCGGUAAAGUGAAAAACUGUCACAAUGAAAAUACCAAAGCUAAAGAAAAAAAAGUGUUAGUGAGGCUUCCACCAGGUGCCACUACUGCUGGGAUAUUUCCUUCUCCCCCACCCCCUGGAGUCUUAGUUAUAACCCCUAGAGCCCCUAGAGGUCCAGAUGGAACAAAAGGUUUUAUGAGGAGG